AAAACCCCCGCACUCCGUUCUGCUUGUCCACCCAGCUGAGGGGAUAAUGAAAAGAGAUAGAUAGAUUCGAUGGCCAUGGGCAUGGGCAUGGCAGCCUCCCCCUCUUGCUCCUCCCCUCCAUGGCCAGCCUCCUCCUCCGCACGCAGCCGCAGCAGCAGCUGUUCCCUCCUCUACACAGCCACCACCACUCGCCCUUCCGCUUCUCCGAACGCGCGCCGCCUUGGCCGCCCGCGCGCGCUGCCGGAGACGGCGCUGGUGGCGGCCGGGGUGGCGGCGGCGGGGGUCGCGGCCGCCGUGCUCCUCCGGGGCGACCGGAAGACGGAGCGGCCGGCGCCCGGGGAGCAAGGCGAGAAGCAGGCGGCGGCGGUGGAGGAGUGCCCCGCCUGCGGCGGGAGCGGCCUCUGCCCGCGGUGCAAGGGGGAGGGCUUCGUGUUCAAGGAGGUCGGCGAGGAGGCGGCGGGCCGGGCGCGGCGGGCCGCCAAGAACAUGGCCACCCGCUACACCGCCGGCCUCCCCACCAAGUGGACCUACUGCAACCGCUGCUCCUCCACCCGCUCCUGCACCGCCUGCGACGGCUCCGGCGCCGUCCCCGUCCGCGCUAAAACCACCACCACCAAUUAGCAAAGCUGCCUCUUUUUCAGUAGUAAUUUCUGCAGUCAGUCAAUCUAGCAAGUAUCCAACUGUUCUUCUGCCAUGAAUCAAUCAAUCAAGGGGAAUUCUUCA